UAGCACUUUCUCUACAAGCUCUCUUCAUUCGAUCUGCCAUGUCCAUACGAGAGAGAUUUCAAAAUGAGCAAUAAUAGGUCUUGGAUGUAUGAAUGAUUCGAAAAUCGAGGCUUUCUAAAUGAAGACUUCAAAAAAGGAGUUAAUGAGUUUAUUCAAAAGGCGGUAAACUUAUAUCCAAGUGGGGUUAUUGCAUGUCCGUGUAGAAAGUGCAAGAAUAGAAAAUUGUUCACUUGGGAUAUUGUUAAACAACAUCUAUUUGAAAAAGGAUUUGUUGAAGACUACUAUGUAAGGGGAGCGCACGGAGAGACAUAUAAUUCAAAUGGGCUGGUUUAUUUGGAUGAAGGUAGCUCUUCCCAUCAUAAUACAUUUGAAGUUCCAUAUGACCCAUAUAAAUCGAUGUUUGAAGAUGCUGUUAGGAAUGAAUUUCCUAUCGGCCCGCCUGAUGCUAUGCAUGUGGAUGAUGAGGAGCCUAAUCCAAUGACAAAGAGCAUGUAUGAAAUGCUUGCUGCGACAAGUCAGCCAUGUUUUGAUGGUUGUCCAAUGACGGAGUUGAGUGCCAUGACUGAAUGGUUGAACUUAAAGACAGAGAUGAAUUUAUCAGAGGCUGCCACUGACAGAAUUGCUCAACUUAUGAAUAGGUUUUUCCCAACACAUAUCUCCAAUCGGCCCAUCCAGAAUUUCAAGAAAAUUAAAAGGAAGCUCUCACUAUUAGGAAUGACCCAUCAAUCUAUUGAUUGUUGUCCAAAAGGGUGCAUGAUCUAUUAGAAAGCAGACAGUGAACUAAUUGAGUGCAAAUUUUGCUCUAGUGCAAGGUACGAGAUCAAUAACCAGUCAAGUAAACCAAUCCCGCUUUCCAGGAUGGAGUAUUUUCCGAUUACUCCAAGGCUACAGAGGCUUUAUGCCUCAAAUACAACUGCUGGGGAUAUGAGAUGGCAUAAAAGUCACCACAGAGAAGAAGGAGUGAUGCGACAUCCAUCAGAUGGAAAGGCAUGGAUUCAUUUUGACAAUCUUUAUCCAUCAUUUGCCGAGGACCCUAGAAAUGUUAGACUCGGGCUAUGCUCAGAUGGGUUUCAACCAUUUGGACAAUUUGGACAGAAGUAUUCAUGUUGGCCUAUUAUCGUGACACCAUACAACCUGCCUCCAGAAUAUGAUUCCUAUUAGAGGUCAUGGUGUCACCGGGAUGAACAAGAAAGCAGACCGCUUAUCGCAAGAGAAACAUCAGGUAGUUCGGGUCGCUCAAGACCAUCUCCACCCUUCACUAUGCCGGGCAGAAACUCUACCCCCCACUCAACACCAUCUCUUAGCCACUCAAAAAAGCAUCAACCCUUGUCUAGUAAGGGCAGAAAUAUUACCCCCCAAGUAGGACAGACACGACAACCUCCACAACCACCCCCGUCCCAAUAUCAUAAUACUCGGGGUCCUAGCCCAAAUAUCACAACAGUCACUAACCGGCAACCCACCAUUUCACCAACUCAAGGCCCUAAUAAAGACCAUUCUUUGCUCUCCAAUCAAGAGAGUCCGUCAACAACAAUGAGAAGCAAUGAACUAGAAGAUAGUGACCCAACAACUCAUUCCAAUGGAGAAGACGAGCUAGCUGAAUGGAAUCCUGAUGCAUACAAAGAUCUCGAGUGGGGUGAAGAACCUUUGGACCACUUCAGAUCUUUAGCUAUAGCAAAAUUUGAAAGACCCAAUGUUGGGUUAAAUGCAUCUAGAGUACUUAUAAAUAUUGUUUCCAACAAAACAAGUUUGCGAUUUCCAACAAUUGUUUCAAGACAGAUAAAGUACAAUCUGCAUCCGGCUGUGCAACAAUGGAAGUGGGUACCCGAGAAGACAAAGGAUUUAUAUUGGGAGCAAUUCCAGGAUUUAGUAAACUGGGAUAUAUCCAAGUUCAGUGAUGAAGACAUUAGGAAGGGUUACGAAAAUUAUCUUAAGCAACGUGCUUAUUCCAAUAUAAUGUCUAAAAUCAGGGCUUGUCGGCCUCUAACUGUGAACGACUUCACUUGGGGGGUUGUGGAAGAGUUUCGUGGGUGUAUUACAUUUUAAAGAUUGUCUGAUUCUGGGAAAAAGAAUCGGAAUGCUGGUGGAGAUAGAUGCAAACAGUAUGGAGGAUCUCGGUCUGCAGCAGAUUUGGCAGCACAAGAGUCAAGUGUUUCAGGAGAGGAAGUUAACCCUGUCAAAAUCUGUGUAACUUAUCAUCCAAGAAAGAGAAAGAAUGGAGAACUAAUUGACUAUGGCUCACAAUCAGAAGUCAUGGAGGCUAUUUUGAAGUUGUCUGAUGAAUUUAAUGAGCACAUUCAGCAAACUAAACAAUCUGAAGCUCAAAUUGGGGGCUCCAAGAAUGCAUCUAAAGCUGUAGUUGCUGAAUUUAAUUCCAAAUAUUUGGAAAUCGCUGGAGGAAGAAACAAAAAAGUAUUCGGAUUAGGAAAGUAUGCGAAAGCUUUCCUUCAACAAUUGGAAUCAAAAUACCGAAAAGCUUCAGCAUCUUCACAACGUGCACAUGAAUUUUGUGUCUAUUGGGAUGAACGCAUGCGGAAGUGGUUAUCUUCACAAGGCGAGGAAUGCCCACCGGUAAUGCCACUCGUGGAUGAACGCUUGCUAGAUGAAGAUCCUUGUUCACUCCCAAAAACUUUUGAGCAAACAUGGCUUCCAUUUCUGAAAACACUUGGAAUGGAUGCACCAAGUUUUUUCCAUUUUACUCCAUCAUCCUAUCAAGAUUCUCAAAACACUUGAGUAUUUGUUAUUUCCAAUUAUAUAUCCAACUAGUAUCCAUAUUAUGAAUUUAGUUGUAUUUUUGGAUUGUGGUAUGGCUUUACUUAUGGUACUCACAAUGAAUGUUGGUUGUUAAAGUGUGUUUCUAUAAAAGUUAA